AUGGUAGCCGACACAAAACUGUACGACCGCCUUGGCGUGUCCGCAACCGCAACCCAGGACGAGAUCAAAAAGGCCUAUCGCAAAAACGCCCUCAAGAAUCACCCAGACAAGAACCCCACUGGCGCCGAGAAAUUCAAGGAAGCGAGUGAAGCCUUUGAGAUCUUGUCCGAUCCGGACAAGAGGAAGAAUUAUGAUAAUUAUGGAUACGACUUCAUCACGGGCAAGGCUGGUCCCCCACCUGAUCCUUCUGCCGCGGGCGAGAAUCCCUUCAUGGGAGGAGGCAUGCCUGGUGGUAUGCCUGGAGGCUUCGGCGGUGGAGGUGGAGCAAGGACAUUCYACUUCAGCACGGGAGGUGGGGGCGGCCGGUCCGGGUUUGGGGGAUUUAGUGAUCCGAAAGAUAUCUUUGCGGAGUUUAUGAGAGGUGGAGGAGGUGGAUUUGGAGGUGGUGGUGACGAUGACGAUCUCUUUGCUUCGUUUGGCGGCAGACCCGGGAGUGGAGGCCGGACACAAAGCAGUCCAUUCGGCAGUGGUGGUGGACGAAAACGAGAGGCGGAAGUCGAGACGACUGUUGUGGAGAAGCCACUUCCUGUCACGCUAGAGGAGAUUUUCAACGGCACGACGAAGAAGUUGAAGGUGCAACGGAAAACAUACGAUGCCAUGUCAGGGAAGCAGAGCGUUGAAGACAAAAUCCUGAGCGUACCGAUUAAGAAAGGCUUGAAAGCCGGGAGCAAGAUCAAGUACCCUGACAUGGGUGAUCAAGUCGAAGGUGGUGUGCAAGACCUCCACUUCAUCGUCAAGGAGAAGGCACAUCCUCUGUUUGUACGAGAUGGAGACGACAUCCGCCACAACAUCGACCUUGGCUUGAAGGAGGCUCUCACUGGCUGGAAACGUACCGUGCAGACGAUCGAUGGAAAGCAGAUCUCCGUCUCGCAUACCGGGCCCACUCCACCAGACUGGACAGAAAAGUAUCCAGGCUCUGGAAUGCCAAAGAGCAAGUCGCCGAACGUGAGAGGGGACUUUGUGGUGGGUGUCAAGAUCAAGUUCCCUACGGCUUUGACUGCAAGUCAAAAGGAGAAGUUGAAGGAGAUAUUGUAA